CUUUCCUGCCAAGCAUAGAAGAGGAUAGCAUCGAGCGAGUGUAGAGUUUUUUAAGGAGAGGGAAAGAUAAAAGAGAGAGAAAGGGGGAAAAGUGGAAGGCAAGGACAUCUUACAUACCUUGCUUUGCUUUGUUUUUGCGGCUUUUGAUGGGAGCAAAAUGCCCCCUCCUCCAUCACGCCUUUGCUUUGGAGUGCGGGAAUGAGAUGGUCUUGCUACCGCUGUCGUCGUCGUCGCCGCCGCCCUGUUGGUCGUGGUCGUCUUCGUCUUCGUCUUCGUCUUCGUUUCCGUCUUUGUCACCACCACCGGCGCCUAGAGAGAAUGCGGGACGAAGCUGAUCAUCCUCUCCUCCAGCCAAGCGAAAGCCAGCGGCAGGAAGAACUGGAGCUGGAGCUGGAGCGGCACUCCAAAGUCCUGGUAACUGUGAGCUUGGAGAGCCAGAGCUUGGAGAAUCUUUCGUGGGCGGUCACCGUUGCUUCGCGGCCGGGUGAUACCGUCGUCGCUCUUCACCUCCUCGAGGACUCGGAUUCAGAGAUCCGUUCCAUUGAGAAGCAGUACGAGCGGGCGAGAGCAGGAGUGCUGUCGCUGUUGGAGCAAUGCCGGGAGCUGUGCCACUUUAGACAAGUUACUACCAACGUCAGGAUCGUCCCCACUUUCAAUGGACCCAAGGCGGUGCUCCUGGAGCAAGCUGCUUUUCUCGACGCCACCACGCUGGUUUUGAGCUCGUCGGAUGUGGCUCCAGAUCUCAAGCUGAGCGGCUUCACCGAGUGUGGAGCGCAGUUUCCUGGACCACCGCAAGGCUGCUUAGUUUUCGUUGCUCAAAAAAAGAGAAGAAUGAGCAGCAAAAAACUCACCAGCAGCGGCGUGAUCUCCGUCCAAGGUGAACUUUUGGUUCCGGACGACCCCCAGCUCGCUGAGAAAGAGCAACGCGACGAAUCGGUGCAGAGGCUACUGCCGCAUAAAGGGUUUCAGUGUCACAUCACCACUGAUCCAGUACUGGCUUCUUCCGAGCUUCACUGCUGCAAGGCCGCCCAUGCCCGUCUCGAUAUCCCAAGCGACUACUCUCCCCGGGGUGUUCUCGAGGGGCCGCAUUCGGAUUCCAACGACGGUGGCGCGUCCCCGGAAGAACAGAGCUCCGGAUCAUCCCCGGUUUUCCCGCUGCUCGUCUCCACCUCCAGUAAUGCCGCUGGUAGAGUGGAGGACCAGCGAGAUGAGGAGGAGGAGGAGGAGCUCCAAGCGUCGUGCUUGAAUCUGUUUAGGCACAUGAAGCGCCACAACACUUUCCCUGCGACACCAGGUUCAGCGGUCCAGCGCCACCGGAAACUCAUUCCCAGCUUUAGUUGCAGCUCCGCUCACAGUGGCAUGAGAUUUUCCAGCUACAACUCGGAGGAGGCGGAGCUCAGCCUGCAUUCGAUGUGCGCCGCCGGUGACAAGCCCCCCUGGAGAUGCUUCACGUACGACGAGAUUCUGCUGGCCACAAGCUGCUUCAGUCCUGAUAAUCUCGUUGGGAAGGGUGGCUACGCCGUCGUCUACAAAGGCACCUUAUCCGACGGGCAGCUCAUUGCAGUGAAGAAGCUCACCAAAGGCGACUCGGAGCAGCAUAAAGAAGGCGGCUUUCUCACGGAACUCGGCAUCAUUGGUCAUGUGACUCAUCCAAACACGACGCCUCUGAUCGGCUUCUGCGUGGAGCGGGGCCUGCACUUGGUCUUCCCCUUCUCCCCCCAUGGAAGUCUCGCGUCCGUCCUUCAUGGAACAAAGUCCAAGGCGUUGGAGUGGUCGGUGCGGAGGAAGAUUGCGCUUGGCACUGCCAGAGGUCUUCAGUACCUCCAUAAGGUCUGUCCAAGAAGGAUAAUUCACCGGGAUAUCAAAGCCUCCAACAUACUUCUCGGUCCCGACUUCGAGCCGCAGAUAUCUGACUUCGGCCUCGCGAAAUGGCUUCCGGAGCAAUGGACACAUCAUACUGUCACUCCCAUUGAGGGGACUUUCGGGUACCUCGCACCGGAAUACUUCAUGCACGGCAUUGUGGACGAGAAAACCGAUAUAUUCGCAUAUGGAGUGCUGCUUCUCGAGCUCAUCACCGGACGGAAGCCGAUCGAUGCCAUGCAACGGAACAUAGUUGUCUGGGCAAGACCAUAUCUGGAAUCCUGUAGCAUCCAAGAGCUGGUUGAUCCCGCACUUGCUGGUGCCUACGACUCCAACCAGCUGCGAAAGUUGGUACUGGUUGCCACCCUGUGUGUCCGACAAUCCCCUCUUUGGCGGCCCUGCAUGAGCCAGGUUUUGAAGCUGCUUUCUGACGAGACACUGGACCAGGAGCUUCCAACCAACUGGAGUACUCUAGUCUGCAACGCAACCGACGUUGACGAUGAGUACACGAGCAAUGAAUAUCAUACUGACAUGAACCGGCAUAGAGCUCUCGCUCUGGGGACUUGAGAGAACUUUCUAUUCUUUCCUCUCUCUAUCGUUCUGCUGCUGUUGCUAUUGCUAUUCCUGCUGGUGAUCACUUGUAACAUAACCUUCCUGCUGCGUGGAGACUGCCGAACAGAAGACUAAUGAGGAGCUGUAAUAAACAAGAUGUACAUUGCUGCCGGCAAUUCUUUUGAAAAAAAAUAGUCACCUUGAAUGAA